CGUCUUGCCACACUCAAGAUGGAGGCGCCGGCUCCCCCCUCAGGGAGCGGCUGGUUCAAGGGUCAGCGCGGCCGCGAGCCCCAGGCCGAGUGUGAGGCUGGGACUCCCCCUCAGGGGGCGCCGCCGCCCUGCAGCCUGCGCGGGGCAGAGCCGCCUGCCGGGGCCGGGUAACCGAGAGCCGCCCCAGGGAGCCCCCUGCUGCCUGAGCGCCCCGGUGCAGGGCCAUGGCCGAGCCGAGCGACGGCCCCGCGUGCGCGCUGGGCAUCGAUCCGGGCACCACCUCGGUCAAGGCUGCCCUGCUCGAGGAGACGGAGCAGGGGCCCGUCGUGACCCACAGCUGCUCACGGGAGACCCAGGCCGGGGGCCCGGCGGCUGGCGCGCAGGGAACGGAGCAAGAUGUCCAGAGAAUAAUAAAAGCCUUGAAUGAAUGUCUUGAGGCUUUUCCCCAGGAGCGCCUUCUAAGAGUUAGUCGCAUUGGAAUUUCAGGGCAAAUGCACGGGGUUGUGUUUUGGAAAACAAACCAAGGUUGCAAAUGGGCAGAGAGUGGAACCGGUCACACCUUUCAGCCUGGAGAAGUCAGUCAUCUGAUUACGUGGCAAGAUGGCCGCUGCAGCAGCAGUUUCCUCUCGUCUCUUCCUCAACCACAGUCACACCUCAGCUUGGCUACCGGAUUUGGGUGUGCCACAAUCUACUGGUAUUUAAAGAACAGCCCAGAUUUUCUGAAGCAUUAUGAUGCAGCGGGUACCAUCCAUGAUUACUUGGUUGCCAUGUUGUGUGACCUGAAAAGGCCAUUGAUGUCCAUCCAGAAUGCUGCCAGCUGGGGAUAUUUUAAUUGCAGAAGUAAAAGGUGGAAUACUGAGAUUUUGAGUGAGUCUGGCUUUCCUGUUGAUUUGCUUCCUGAAGUGAGUGAACCUGGUGGCAUUGCAGGGAAGAUGCCCCAUGACUGGCAUGGAAUACCAAAGGGAACGGAAGUGGGAAUUGCUCUGGGAGAUUUCCAGUGCUCUGUUUAUUCUUGUAUGACUGAGAGAUCUGAUGCAGUUCUCAAUAUCAGCACCUCUGCUCAGCUGACAGUCCCCAUGCCCUUGGGAUUUCAGCCUCCAGACACACCCGAUUCCUUGUCAGCUGUUGCCUAUUUUCCCUAUUUUGAUGGUAACUAUUUGGCAGUGGCAGCAUCGCUCAAUGGAGGAAACGUGUUGGCAACAUUUGUGGAUAUGUUGGCACGCUGGAUGGCAGAGCUGGGGUAUGACGUUCUAGAAUCCAAUGUCUAUGCUCAAAUGAUCAAUGCAGCUUUGGCCCAAAAGGAGACCAGGCUCUCAAUCUGCCCAACUGUAUUUGGAGAAAGACACAUGCCUGAGCAGAUGGCCUCAGUGACUCAUAUCUCUGCUUCUGAGCUCUCUCUGGGUCACAUAACCAGAGCUAUGUGCCACGGGAUCAUUCAAAAUUUGCAUUCCAUGUUGCCAUUUCAACACCUGAAAGAGGCAGGAGUGAAGCGAAUUCUAGGCAGUGGAAGUGCCCUUUCCAGGAAUGAGGUGCUGAAGCAAGAAGUGGAGAAAAUGUUUCCAUUUCCGGUGGUCUAUGGGAAGGAUGUGGAUGCAGCUGUGGGUGCUGCGAUGGUGAUGUUGCACAGAAGAAGUCCAUCGUUCAGCGUUGUCUGACAUUGCGUUUUUCUGGACAUAUCGAAACUUUCUCUUUCCUCCUCAUUCCUGAUGUUGCUUUUAAUCCACCAUCCCACUCAGUGUGAAGAAGAACAGCUCGCAUUAAUGUCCCUCUCUGAUUCCACAAGUUCUUAGGGCUCUACAUGCCCUUAUGUUGUCAUUCCUAACUCUGCAAUGAGAUCCAAUUACUGUAUGAGAUUUGACUGUGCGAAGGGAAAAGAUCCAGUAAUUUUGAGUUAAAGAUACCUCAUCAGAGGCUCAUUUUCCUAUUAGAAAAGAAGCUUAGGAUAGCUAAGAAUAGCUAGGGUCUGUGGUAAUAGCAUCUGUAGCCUUUGUUAAAGAUGUUUUGUGGUUAAACUAUCUUUUACCCUACAUAUGUGCACCACAAUGAAGCUGAGAAGUGCUACUGUAAUACAAAUAAAAGAAUAAUUUUCCAUAUCUUAUAGAUUGAAGAG